CACUCUCUCAACUUUAAACUUUUCCAGCGUUCCUGCAGUCCGGAUCAACAGCACUGAGACUUUACUUCGGCGCAGCGCGAGCGGAUUCUACACAUGAAGUGCCUGGAUUUCUCGACAUGGAUCUGUGGAGAUUUAAUUUGAGUCGAACAGGUUUGUGAAGUAACUUAAUUCAUUUAGGAACAUGGAAAUGAACGUUCAGAAAGGGCUCUCACUCCCUGACAGUGCUUUCGAUCUCUCCUGCAAAGCUAGUCACAUUUUUCCCCGUCGCAUUUUAUAUGUCGUUCCUCACGGGAAACAUCUCCAGGCGUUCACACUGGGAUUAUAAACUCGUAUGAAUAUUUUCUUCGAGCGGAAUAACUGAUACAUUGUCGCAUUGAUGGAGACGGCGAUUCUGCGACAACCUGUUACAUUCUGGAAUGUUUGGAAUCCUUUGAAGUGGACGCGGCGUUCCGCACAGUAACGGAGUCGGCAUGACGUCACCGUGUCAAUCACGACGCGCGGGAAUCGGUGAAACGAUCGAUCUGUAGGAGAUCACAUCAAACCCUGUGAAGUUUUGCCACUUAAAUCAAUGCUCACGCCAGGAGUCAGUCCGCUGUCAAUCACUGUCUCUCAGUCACAGUUCACCACCUGUCAAUCAUGUUCAGUCAGUGAUACAGGCCAACAUUUGUUUGAUUAGAUUUGCAUUUCACAUCACAACACAACAAUCCACUCUAAAAACCAUUGGAUUAAAAAAAAAAAAAAAAAAAAAAAAUUCUGGACAGUUUUAGUGACCCUUGUGGAUUCUAGUGUUUUUUUUUUUGUUUUUUUUUUUCUGGACGGAUAGGUUUGUGGACAGACAGUGCAUAAUGUAUGGCCGGAGCCGGCCGCUGCAUCCGGGACAAUGAGGGUUCCUGUGCGGCGCUGGGCCGGGCUCUGGCCGUGGAUGCUCAUGGCUGGCCUGGAGGUGGUGUUGGGCCAAACGGGCCUGGAACUGGCCGCUGCCGUGGAGACCGAACGAGCCCUGAUCAAGGUGACCCUGCUGAAGCAGGAGUCCACCAGCAGGCCCAUCAUCACCCUGGAGGGGGUGUUCGCCGGGGGCAGCGCAGGCAGUGCCAGAGGGAAACUCAUGCAGUCUCACCCGUUGUCUCUGUGUAACACCAGUGAAGAUGAGCGUCAGGAACCCGAUUUCAUCAGCAUCGUCAAACUCGAGAGUCCCGAGAGCAACGUGCCGCAGUGCCAACCUCUGCUGGAUAAAGCUCGCCUGGCCAUUCAGAGAGGAGCUCAGGCCGUCAUCUUUGACAUCACUGAUGAUCCAUCUGCUGCUGUGGAGCUGCGUGACUCCGGGUCGUUGCCUCGUCCAGUGCUGCUGGUGAAGUCAUCAGACGCAGAAGAGCUGAUGGGACUCGUCAAUAAGAACGAAGAAGCCAUGGUGUAUAUCGACAUCAUGAUGGACCCUCCUAAAUGGCCUCACUAUGACGUCGGGAUCCUGUUGACCGUGGCUCUGGCUGUGCUGGCCAUCAUCAUGAUCUUUGCUCUACGCUUCCGCUGCAGGUCCAACAGAACCUGGGACUCUGUGCACCAGGAGACCAUGCGUGCCAUCAGCCGGUUGGAGACGCGCACGUACAGCUCUCAGGGUUGCUCCGGAUCCCAGCGUUCAGGCGCCGCUCCAGCGUCCAACAGCAGCUCCAGUUCCAGCCCCAUCUGUGCCAUCUGUCUUGAGGAAUUCAUGGAUGGCCAGGACUUGAGAAUCAUCUCCUGUGCUCAUGAGUUUCAUAAAGAGUGUGUCGACCCCUGGCUCCUACAACACCGAACCUGCCCACUGUGCAUGCACAACAUCAUGGGUAAACAGCCUCAGGGUUCAGAUCUGGCAUCCCGUCAGCCCCAAAGAAGUCGACUGCCGCCCCCUCCUCAAGAGCACAGUCAAGCCUUCCUCCUUCCCCAUCACUACUCAAACCAACGCCCUUACCCCCAACAUCACGUGCCCUUUUCCCUGCGGCAUCACUACCCCCGCACCCCUGGACAUUUACCCCAAUUGGGUCACUAUGGAAACUCCCCCCCUCCUCAUCCACGCACUCUCCGUUGCUUUCCCAACAGACCAUUGGGCGCUAGCUGCGCGUACCACCUUGCCCCGGAUUCCCAUCAUGGACGUACGCACAGGACAGGCGGGCGCGGGUGUCGGACUGGGGGGCAUCACUAUGCGCCCCCCAGACGGUCGUGUCAACGGUGCGCCGGAGGAGCGUUACGAAACGCCGCAGGUUCUUGUGUGCACCAUUUGGCAUCGUCAGUAAACCACGCGACUCAUCACCUGCCGCGUGGCGGAGGCUCGCACGGUCGCCAAGAUGACGGAAGCUGCUCCGGAGGGAGUUACCACACGGAGUGCAGCGGUUACCUUGCCGAGGGGCCGGCCACCGACUCCAGCUCGGGAUCGUGCCACGGCUCGUCCAGCGAUUCCGUAUUAAACUGUACGGAUAUCAGCCUGCAGGGCGUCUAUGGCAGCUGGUCCACUUUUCGUAGCUCGCUCAGCAGCGACUAUGACCCGUUCGUCUAUUACGGGCCGGGAAAAGGGCCACGCAGAGGGAGCAUGGAGGCCACGCAGAGGCCUCGUUCCCUGGACUCUGUAGUGAAUCCCGCCGGUGACGCCAAUGCGGUUUGCUCAGAAGAGAAGCAGCAGCAGCAAGUGGCCGUGUUCAGUCACGUUCACUAUCACAGGCAUAGACACCACUAUUACGAGGACGGGGACCUCGGCCAAGGGUCUGACGAGGAUCAGGGGGCCGUGGCAGCUGGUGGCCCCUGUAAUGCAACUAAAAACAAAGACUCCACUGGGUGUCAGGUACAGCACCAGACUUGCCACUGCCCCAAAACGGACCUCAGUUCAAGGAGGGUUGAGGAUAGAGCCCCGGACCCUGUUUCCUCCUCAGGCGCCUCUGUGAUCCUUCCCUCCCCCCCUUUAGCCUCUCCGUCCCUGUCCUGUUGCCACAAAGGCCCAGGGUGGACCACCAGACAGAAAGCAGCCGGCUGUCCCUUGGAAGCGCCUUCGCCGGUUGUUCACUUCCACCAAAGUUUGGACCUUCAGGAUGAUUGUAGCAUUCAUAUCCACUACGGACAGGGAGCUGGAAGCUACUGCUGCACACCUCCAGCGGAUAUGGCCCCUACACUGCUGCCGGUGCCCCUGAUCUUGGACUCGACUGGUAUGUCCGAAUGGCCGUGCUGUAGCGGGGCACAUGUGGUGUGGCAGAAGCAGGUCCAACAGGCCCAUUCGGAGCCUCAGCUUUUGGGCCCCACUUCUGAAACGGACAGACCCUUGUGUAGGGCCCAUCACGGCCCGGGGGACGAACUUCCUACGGAUAUCUGUCUGUACUGCCAAACUCUACACAAUAGUCAGGGGUCAGAAGAAGAGUCUGGUGUUUGAGAAAGCUCUUCGUCCUGAACUCCUCACGCUGCUACACAAGAGCCGAAAUGGACAAAACUCUUCGGCGUUCUCUCUGUGUCUCUUUCACAUGUCAAGUCUUCCAUAUAAUUCCAAACAUCAUCUGCAAUAUCAAACUGCAUCACCCAGAAUCUCCAGACCUCAGAACCUCUUUCUAGCAAAGAAGUAAAUACAGAAUUCAUCAGCGAUGAUUAGAUGGGUUUUUCACAUUUCUAAUGGCCAAAACAAGUCAUUGUACAGCCCUAUACGGCCCAAAUGUGACUUUUAAUAGGCCAGCAAACGGUGUUAAUUCAGGAAGUUAGCAAAGGAUCUGUGAGGAUGAGUGUGUGGUCAAUCUUAAUUUCUCCCUUUCCUUUGAUUUAAAACAGGAUUCAUUUAGUACUUUCUCUAGUCUGAGAAUUCCUUUGUUCAAACCCUUAAAAGUAUAAACACGUCUUCCCAUUGAGAAUUAGGCCUGACGUAUGUACUCUAUGCAAGAACGCAGACACUUCAAGCUACGCAAAUUUGGAUGCUGUGCUCUAAAAAGCAAAAAUUAGUGUAAUCCGUCUUGUUCUACAGUCAGUUUUCUCUUUCAGGUUAACUACUAUCAUGCCGGAAUCAAGUUAAACUUCACGACUUUUGCUCAGAUUUUUGCCACGAUUGCAGGCUAAAUGAUUUUUUUAGCUUUCGGACUGUGAUUCCAUCCAGGAUAUCAAAACAUGUUUGAUACUUCGAGUCGAUUUUAGAAGACGUGUUGCUACUGAAACUGAAGCUGUCCUCUAUAUACCAGUGUAUAUACCAAUAAAACACAAUACCAAUACAACAGAACACGCAUAACAAAUUAGCAUUAAAGCUGCAGUCGUAGCUUUUUUGGGGUUAAAAAUUAUCUAAAAUAGAUAUUUGUAUUAGAAAAUACAUAACCA